CUUAGCCUCGCGACAUCCUCCCGGUGAACUAAUUCUCCACAGGCUCUGAAGGACUUUUCUCUCCGUUUCUCACCAGGGCGGAAGGAGCGGACCGUUUCCUGACUGCUCCACGUUGUCGCCGGGGGGGGGGACACGGUAACCGAGGCGCCUCCGCUACACAUACCUGGCAUGUGACAGUUAGCGAGCAUCUCUUUUUUUUUUUAACGCCGAGGAAAAAGGAAAGUUGGUCGGCGAGAAAGGGCUCGACCGGUAGAGGGUGAGCUCCGCUUUGGUCUCCCGCCGAGACAGUCACAGAGAUGGAGCGGCUGUGCGGACCAGAGCUCCCUUUCUGGGUAGCCAAUCAGACGUUCCACACGGACCGGCCCGACCUGCCGGAGUGUUUCCAACUCUCCGUUCUGUCAUGGCUGCCGUGCAUCUACCUUUGGGCCGUCUGCCCCAUCUAUCUCUUCUAUCUCAAGAGGAACAACAGGGGCUACAUUAUGAUGUCCAUAAUGAACAGGUUCAAAACGGUGUUUGGCUUGUUGUUAUGGAUUGUGUGUUGGACAGAUCUCUUCUACACAUUCCACGAGCUGCGGCAGGGGAACACACAGCCGCCCAUCUACUUUGUCACCCCGCUGGUGCUCGGCAUGACCAUGCUGUUGGCCACGUUUCUGAUCCAGUUUGAGAGGUUACGCGGGGUCCAGUCCUCAGGGGUCCUCUUCAUCUUCUGGUUCCUGUGUGUGCUAUGUGCCAUCGUGCCUUUCCGCUCCAAGAUCCUCCAGGCCUCCAGCCAGAGCGAAGUCAAGGACAAGCUGCGAUUCACUACGUUCUACUUCUACUUCGCCUUUGUGGUCUGUGAGCUGAUCCUCUGCUGCUUCAAUGAGAAACCUCCUCUCUUCUCCAAUGUUGUCACAGACCCAAAUCCCUGCCCUGAAGCCACAGCAGGUUUUCUCUCCACCAUGACGUUCUGGUGGUUCACAAGUAUGGCUAUAAAGGGCUACAAAAUGCCUCUGGAGACCAAAGACCUGUGGUCUCUGAACAAGCGCGACAGCUCCAAGGUGACGGUGCCCAAACUCCUCAACCAGUGGGAGGAGGAGCUGACAAAAGCCAAGAGUGAUCAGAACCUUUCCAGUCAGGCGGUGUACUCCAAGCCCCCGCCAUCCACCACCAACCACACCGGAGCGGGAGGAGGAAGUAGCCCGGAGGAAGUAGAGGUGCUUCUGUCCAAUAAGAAGACGGCUCCCAGACAGCCCUCCUUCCUGCGGGCCCUCAUCAAAGCCUUCGGACCCUACUUCCUGAUCGGGUCUGCCUUCAAGUUACUGCAGGAUGUGGUCACCUUCGUCAACCCUCAGCUGCUCCGAAUGCUGAUCUCGUUCACCAAACAGAAGGGUGCUCCUGAUUGGUGGGGUUACUCGCUGGCCUUCCUCAUGUUCUUCACGGCCUUCUUGCAGACGCUCAUCCUCCACCGUCACUUUCAAUACUGUUUCGUCACUGGCAUGAAUGUACGCACAGCUGUCAUAGGAGCCAUCUACAGGAAGUCGCUAGUGAUAACUAACGCCGCCAAGCGCUCCUCCACGGUGGGAGAGGUGGUCAACCUGAUGUCGGUGGACGCACAGAGGUUCAUGGACCUCACCACCUUCCUCAACAUGCUGUGGUCUGCUCCUCUUCAGAUUAUGCUGGCCCUUUAUUUUCUCUGGCAGAACCUGGGUCCCUCCGUGCUGGCGGGGGUUGCUGUGAUGAUCAUGCUGAUCCCUUUAAAUGCUGUCAUUGCCAUGAGGACACGAGCCUACCAGGUGGAGCAGAUGCAGUACAAGGACGCUCGUAUCAAGCUGAUGAACGAGAUCCUGAACGGCAUCAAAGUGCUGAAGCUGUACGCCUGGGAGAACUCCUUCAAAGAGAAGGUCCUGGACAUCCGUCAGAAGGAGCUCAACGUGCUGCGGAAGACUGCCUACCUGGGAGCGCUUUCCACCAUGGCCUGGACCAGCGCCCCCUUCCUGGUUGCUUUGACAACGUUUGCCGUGUACGUGUCUAUUGACGAGAACAACAUCCUCGACGCAGAGAAGGCCUUUGUGUCGCUCUCGCUCUUCAACAUCCUCCGGUUUCCUCUCAACAUGCUUCCCCAAGUCAUCAGCAGCAUGGUGCAGGCCAGCGUCUCACUGAAGCGAAUAGAAUCUUUCCUGAGUCAUGAAGAGCUGGACCCAAAUUCAGUAGACAGGAAGAACACAGCCGCAGGUGAUUAAACACUCCUACUCCUUUCACAGACCUUAAAUCAACAUGUGGGUUCUGUGUUCCCUUCCUUGCCAUACUUUGAUUAUGUUUGCACAUCUGAUGUUAUUACGCAUGCUUUUAACUGACAGAAGACCUUUAGAAAAUGUGGCUUGUCAUUAUUUGUCAUCAUUUUGAAUCUCUUGUCUGAACUCAAUAGCGUCUUAAGGUUCAAGGAGUUUCUCAAAGACACUGCUUCCAACGCAUCCCUUUCGCACAGUGAGCUUGAAGAGCUUUUGCAUGACUAACACUUCAAAAAUGCCGUUUGUACUUCCAACGGGUGGAAAGUAACUAAGUACAUUUGCUCAAGUUUUGUACUUUACUUGAGUACUUACAUUUAUAGACAGUACAUACUUCUACUUCUCUACAUUUCAGAGACAAAUAUUCUUAUUUUUACUCCAAUACAUUUAUUAUAUUAUACUCAGUUACUUUGUACAUCUACACACACCUGAAAUGCUAAUAUGAUUUAAAGUGUUUUUUCUCUUUCCUUUAGUGUGUUAACUAGAUUUUGGUGAAUUGGUCUGCAAGGGUUAAAAUCCCAAAGUCCUCCCCCGUCUGAAACACGUCCAUUGGACUCCUUUUUUUACUUCUGUGACACUGUAAAGUCACUAUUUAAAUCUCGCGCUUCUAUUGUCUAGCGCUCCGACACGUUGUACAUGAUAGGCUAAGGGGCGGGACAUCUCUAAGUGGUUGCCCAUCACAUCAGUGCCGACCUGCUAACCAAUCAGAGCAGAGUGGGCUCUGGUUUCAGACAGAGGAGGAAAAGAGGUGCUGCAGCACAGGCAGUAGG